GAUGAAAUUUUUAUACCACCAGCUCAUGUACUUGAAGUACCUACUCUUCAAAAGAUUACUGGCCUGACAUGGAGUGAAGCUUGUACCAAUUGCACCUUGCUGAAAAAUGAAAGUCAUCACAACGUCACGCUUAUGAAAAAAGGAACUUUUGAUAUAUACCCUGAGUCAAGCUGUCGUGGCUCUCGAUACACAGUCAGUAAUGUGACAGGCAUGUUUGCUAAACACGGAUUCCUACCCAUGUGUGUAUUGGAAAAUGCCAAAUGCUUUGAUUCUGACGUGAAAGUAACACCCUUGCAUCAAUGCUGGAAAAGUGCGAACAGCGUUCUUUACGUGGAGUAUAUCUUGGCGCCAUUUAUACUUACAUGCAAUUUCAUAGUAUUUACUACAACACUGACCUCAAAGACUCUCAGAAGAGUCCCGUCGAUAGUUCUGGUGGCAAAUUUGGCUAUGAGUGAUUUUCUUGUGGGUAUAUAUACUCUUGCAAUAACUUCAUCACGUCAUGCAAUGUCUUAUCAAAGGUUCUACAGCGUGAUGGAUUAUCUUUGUCCUUUGCUGGGUUUCCUGUGGUGCUGUGGGCAGAUGUCUGCUGCCCUGUCAUCAGUGCUGUUGACAACAGAGCGAUACAUCGCAAUAAUUUUCUCCAUGAGACCAAACGUUUCUUUUACAUCAAAACCUUGCAUGUGUGGUGUGCUUGUUUCCUGGAUUAUCACUAUAAUUGUCGCUUCGCUUCCGUUUCUGAGCAUUGGAACAUACACCAGUACAACAUUUUGCCUCCCUAUACAACCUAACAGAGGAGUGAGUUCCUUUGCCUACAGUGCGGGCCUUAUAGCUCUUGCAUUCCUCCUCUAUACGAUCACCUUACCAAUGUACGUUCAUAUUUUCCUUUUUGUCAAGAAAUCAGGAAAUCAGAUUGGUAUAAAGAGAGAUGGAAAGUUGGCAAAAAAGAUUUUAAUUUUGAUUAUUAGCAAUUUAUUUUUCUUUCUUCUCCCAGUUUUUAUUGGUCUAUUGUGGGUAUUUGCCGGGAAAAGUUUCGGUAAUGUUUCUUUGUCAACGAGGGAAAUUCUUGUUGGUUCAUUUACGACUCUUUGCUUAAGCGUCAACUCAUUUUUGAAUCCCCUUCUUUAUGCAUUUCGAAACAGGCGAUUUCAGUUUGUGAUCAAACGUAGGUACUACCGUGUCGUAAACCGCAACGUAGUAGCCGUUCAAAAUGUCAGCUAU